AUGAACCCCUCCCCCCACCCCCNGGCUUCCUGCGACGACCCGUCUGCCAUCGGGCCCUCUGAAAGCACCCGGGACCUCAGGCCAGGGGCGACGGAGGACACCCGGGCGGGUGAGAGCAGCAGCCGCAUCGUGAAUGGGACCAACUGCGAGAAGAACAGCCAGCCGUGGCAGGCUGCGCUGCUGCUGAGAUUCAACAAGCUCUACUGCGGGGCCGUGCUGGUGGACCCGCAGUGGCUGCUCACGGCUGCCCACUGCCGCAAGCAAUUUUUCAGAGUCCGUCUUGGCCACCACUCGCUGUCACCCAUGUAUGAGUCUGGGCAGCAGCUGUUCCAGGGCAUCAAAUCCAUUGCCCACCCUGGCUACUCCCACCCCGGCCACUCCAACGACCUCAUGCUCAUCAAACUGAACAAAAGGAUCCACGAGACUCCGAACGUCAGGCCCAUCAACAUCGCCUCCCGUUGUCCUUCUGCUGGGACCAGCUGCCUGGUGUCUGGCUGGGGAACAACCAGCAGUCCCCAGGUUACCUUCCCCAAAGCCCUCCAGUGCCUGAACAUCACGGUGCUGAGUGACGACCAGUGCAAGAAGGCCUAUCCAAAUCAAAUAGAUAACACCAUGUUCUGCGCUGGGGACCAGGCGGGCAGAGACUCUUGCCAGGGUGAUUCCGGGGGUCCUGUGGUCUGCAAUGGUUCCCUGCAGGGCCUCGUGUCCUGGGGAGACUUCCCCUGCGCCCAGCCCAACAGACCCGGCGUCUACACCAACCUCUGUCAGUUCACCAAGUGGAUCCAGGACACUAUCAAGUCCAAUUCGUGAUUCAUUCCUGGACCCGGCUUCUGGACUCCCCUCAUCCCCCCGAUCCCCCCACAAGUCCCCACCCCUGCAGGGACCCUGACACUCCUUCCAGACCCCAGUUCCUUCCCUAAAAUGUUAAGGUUGCUCAUCUCUCCAGCACCCCCCUCCACCUGUCUCCUGGAGUCAAGAUCCCCCCUCCCUGGACAGUGGAGAGACCAGUCCUUCUGGUCGGAUCCUGAAGAUAGUUCCCGUAACACCCAGGGCGAAGGCUGCACCUCAGUCUCCCCAGUGCUUCCUUCCUCAGGUCCGGAGUCCACCUUCUCUGCAGCUGUGAGCCAGAUUUGAUCCCAGAAAUAAAGCAUCUGAGAAGGGG